AUGGCUUUCAUUGGCUUGCUUUUGGUGUGUUCCCUCACUAUGUUCUCAUCUGUUCAUGCCUAUGCUGAAGGGUGGACUAAUGCUCAUGCUACCUUCUAUGGAGGCAGUGAUGCAUCAGGAACAAUGGGCGGGGCUUGUGGAUAUGGUAACCUUUACAGUCAAGGGUAUGGAACCAACACUGCUGCUUUGAGCACAGCACUUUUCAACAACGGUUUAGGCUGUGGUUCUUGCUAUGAAAUUAAAUGUGCAGGUGACCAUAAAUGGUGCCUUCCUGGUUCCAUUGUGGUCACUGCUACCAACUUUUGUCCACCAAACAAUGCCUUACCAAAUAACGCAGGUGGUUGGUGUAACCCUCCUCUCCAACAUUUUGAUCUUGCUCAACCUGUUUUUCUUCAUAUUGCUCAAUACAAAGCUGGAAUCGUUCCUGUAUCAUACAGAAGGGUAUCCUGCAGGAGAAAGGGGGGUAUAAGGUUCACCAUCAAUGGACAUUCUUACUUCAACCUUGUUCUUAUUACAAACGUUGGUGGUGCUGGUGAUGUACAUGCGGCUUUCAUCAAAGGGUCAAAAACUGGUUGGAUUUCUAUGUCAAGGAACUGGGGACAGAACUGGCAGAGUAACAAUUAUCUUGAUGGUCAAAGCUUGUCUUUUAAGGUUACUACAAGUGAUGGUCGAACUGUUGUUUCCAAUAAUGUUGCUCCAGCUGGAUGGUCUUUUGGUCAAACAUACACUGGUGCUCAAAUCAACUAG